CCAGGGCGACCGCGGCGCUGUGGGCGGGCGGCGCAUGCGCGGUGCCGGCGCCGGGCCGGGCUCGGGGGCCGCGAUGAAGCAAGUAUUCAGUCUGUAUGAAAAAGCUUGGUCUGGUUCCCCUGUGCAGUUUGCUUGGCAGAAAACUUUAGGAAAUUUCCUUGCUGUAACAGGAGGUGAUCGUGCUGUGAAAAUUUUUGAUCGUCAUGGUCAGAAGAGAAAUGAAAUCAGCCUACCAGGUAACUGUGUUGCUAUGGACUGGGAUAAGGAUGGAGAUACUUUAGCAAUAGUCACAGACAAAUCUAGCGCCAUAUUUCUGUGGGAUGCGAUCACAAACAAAACAAGCCAAGUAGACAGUGGCAUGAGGGAUGCAAUGUCUUUCUUGUUGUGGUCUCGAGUUGGAACUUUACUUGCUGUUGGAACAACAAAAGGAAACUUACUUAUAUAUAACCAUCAGACUUCUCGCAAGAUUUCUGUUCUUGGUAAACACACUAAGAAGAUUACUUGUGGCUGUUGGAGUACUGAAAACCUCCUGGCUCUAGGUGGUGAAGACAAAAUGAUUACUAUAAGCAAUCAGGAAGGGGAUACUAUAAGACAGACCUCGGUGAGCUCAGAUCCCAGUGAUAUGCAGUUCUCAGUUAUGAAGACUGAUGAAAGAAUAUCAACCAGGGAAAGCACAGUAAGUGUAGUGGUUGGCAAGAAGACUCUCUUUCUUUUUAAUUUGAAUGAUCCUGAUAACCCGAUUGAUCUGAAAUUUCAGCAGCCUUAUGGCAGUAUUGUAGCCUACAAAUGGUAUGGUGAUGGCUACAUUAUGAUUGGUUUCUCACGGGGGUGCUUUGUAGUCAUUUCUACACACAUCCGUGAGAUAGGUCAAGAAAUCUUUCAAGCUCACAAUCAUAAGGAUAAUCUAAGCAGCAUUGCUAUAUCCCAGUCAUUAAACAAAGCUGCAUCAUGUGGAGACAAUUGCAUUAAAAUCCAUGAUCUGUCAGAUCUGAGAGAAAUGUAUGCCAUAAUAAACUUGGAUGAUGAAAACAAAGGUGUAGAUCAGCUGGCUUGGACAGAUGAUGGACAGUUGUUGGCAGUAUCUACACGGAGAGGAUCCCUUCAUGUUUUCUUGACAAAGCUUCCAAUCCUUGGAGAUGCUUGCAGUACACGGAUUGCAUACCUUACUUCUCUUCUAGAAGUUACCGUAGCCAAUCAUGUGGAGAGAGAGCUACCAGUCACAGUCUCUGUUGAAGUAGAGCCCAGUUUUGUUGCUAUUGGUGUUUAUCAUCUGGCUGUAGGAAUGAACAAUCGGGCUUGGUUUUAUGCACUUGGAGAGAAUAAUGUAAAAAAGCUUAAAGAUGUGGAGUACCUGGGGACUGUAGCGAGUAUGCACCUUAAUUCUGAUUAUGCUGCUGCUCUCUUUGAGGGUAAAGUCCAGUUGCAUAUGAUAGAAAGUGAAGAUUUGGGUGCUCAGGAAGAACGAGAAACACGACUUUUCCCAGCAGAUGAUGAUAAAUACCGUAUUUUGUGCCAUGCUUUAACUAGUGACUUCCUCCUAUAUGGUACAGAUACUGGAGUUAUUCGUUAUUUCUACAUUGAAGACUGGCAAUAUGUGAAUGAAUAUCGGCAUCCUGUCAGUGUGAGAAAGAUUUUUCCAGAUCCCAAUGGAACCAGAAUGGCUUUCAUAGAUGACAAAAGUGAUGGCUUUGUCUAUUGUCCAGUAAAUGAUAGAGUAUAUGAGAUUCCAGAUUUCUCACCAACUAUUAAAGGAAUCCUGUGGGAAAACUGGCCAAUGGAUGCAGGUGUUUUUGUUGCUUUUGAUGACGAUAAAGUGUACACUUACGUUUUUCAUAAGGAUGCCAUUCAAGGAUCAAAGAUUAUUUUGGCAGGUGGCACAGAAGUCCCCUAUUCCCAUAAACCUUUGUUGUUGUAUAAUGGAGAAAUAACUUGUCAGACUCAGAGUGGGAAAACAAACAAUAUCUAUCUAAGUACUCACUGUUUCCUUGGCAAUUUGAAAGACUUUGGACCUAAUAAGCUGAGACAGAUGCUUACUCAGACUCUAAUGCUGAAAAGGUUUUCUGAAGCAUGGGAGCUGUGCAGACUUCUGAAUGACCAAUCUUGUUGGAAUGAGCUGGCCGAAGCUUGCUUACAUCAUAUGGAGGUGGAUUUUGCAAUACGUGUUUAUCGGACAUCUGGUAAUGCUGGGAUGGUGAUGUCACUAGAGCAAAUAAAGGGAAUAGAAGACCAUAACCUUUUAGCAGGACAUCUUGCAAUGUUUACUGGUGAUUUUAAUCUGGCUCAGGAUUUAUAUCUGGCAUCCUCCUGUCCUAUUGCUGCUCUUGAGAUGCGAAAAGACUUGCAGCACUGGGACAGUGCACUUCAGCUGGCUAAGCGUUUGGCCCCAGACCAAAUCCCUUUCAUAUCAAAGGAAUAUGCAAUGCAGCUUGAAUUCAUUUUUCUUUUAGGGGUGAUUACGUUAAUGCUCUGGCACAUUAUGAGAAGGGGAUCACUGGAAACAAUAAGUUACUGCUUUUCAUUUGAUUGCCAGUACCAGGAACAUGAUGAAGCUUGCCUUGCUGGAGUGGCUCAAAUGUCCAUUCGAAUGGGAGACAUCCGUCGAGGGGUAAACCAGGCCAUUAAACAUCCCAGCAGGUCCUUAAAAAGAGACUGUGGAGCUAUCCUGGAGAAUAUGAAGCAAUUUUCAGAAGCUGCUCAGCUGUAUGAAAAGGGACAAUAUUAUGACAAGGCAGCAUCAGUAUACAUCCGGUGUAAAAACUGGGCAAAGGUUGGUGAACUUCUUCCUCACGUUUCAUCUCCAAAGAUUCACCUACAAUAUGCAAAGGCCAAAGAAGCAGAUGGCAGGUACAAGGAAGCUGUGAUAGCUUAUGAACAAGCAAAACAGUGGGAUAGUGUAAUUCGACUAUAUUUGGAUCACCUUAAUAAUCCUGAAAAGGCUGUUAAUAUUGUGAGGGAAACACAGUCUCUUGAAGGAGCAAAGAUGGUGGCCAGAUUCUUUCUGCAGCUUGGUGACUAUGGUUCUGCCAUCCAGUUCCUGGUCAUGUCCAAGUGUAAUAAUGAAGCUUUCACAUUAGCUCAACAACACAACAAAAUGGAGAUUUAUGCUGAUAUCAUCAGUUCUGAAAGUACUAGCAAUGAAGAUUAUCAGAGCAUUGCACUAUAUUUUGAAGCAGAAAAGAAACAUUUUCAGGCGGGAAAAUUUUUCUUGCUGUGUGGUCAAUAUGGACGGGCAUUAAGGCACUUUAUGAAAAGUCCAAGCACAGAAGAUAACUUGGCUAUAGAAAUGGCAAUUGAAACAGUGGGACGGGCAAAAGAUGAAGCCCUAACAAAUCAGCUGAUUGACUAUCUUAUGGGAGAGAGUGAUGGCAUGCCCCAGGAUGCCAAGUACCUGUUCCGCUUAUACAUGGCACUGAAGCAGUACCGAGAAGCUGCCAGAACUGCUAUAAUAAUUGCCAGGGAGGAGCAGUGUUCAGGAAACUACCGAAAUGCACGUGAUGUUCUUUUCAGUAUGUAUUCAGAGUUAAAAACCCAGAAGAUUAAAAUUUCUUCUGAGAUGGCCACAAACCUUAUGAUUCUACACAGCUAUAUUUUAGUAAAGAUUCACGUGAAACGUGGUGAUCACAUGAAGGGAGCACGUAUGCUUAUACGUGUCGCCAACAACAUCAGCAAGUUCCCAUCACACAUUGUGCCAAUUUUGACUUCAGCUGUAAUUGAGUGUCACAGAGCAGGAUUGAAAAACUCAGCCUUCAGUUUUGCUGCCAUGUUGAUGAGACCCGAGUAUAGGAAUAAAAUAGAUCCUAAAUACAAAAAAAAAAUUGAAACAAUGGUCAGACACCGAGACACAACUGAGACAGAAGAGCCAACAACAGCCUGUCCCUACUGUGCGUUCCAGCUCCCGGAGUGUGAACUCUUGUGUCCCAGCUGUAAAAACAACCUCCCGUACUGCAUUGCAACCGGUCGGCACAUGGUACGUGAUGACUGGACAGUUUGCCCACACUGUGACUUUCCUGCCCUCUAUUCAGAAUUCAAAAACAUGUUACAGACUGAAAACGUGUGUCCCAUGUGUUCUGAAAGGAUUAACAUUGUUGAUCUUAAGAAAAUAAAUGAUUGCACGGCGUACCUCAAACCAGAAGAAGGGGACCAAUAAAUUCAGGUAUGUGCUAGUCUAUAGUUUUUACUGAACAGGGCUCAUUCUAGAGGACACUGGGAGUUUCUCCCAGCAAGGAAUUGUGUUCAAGAAUCUUAACUUACAGCCCCAGAUAACUGAGGCCCAGCUCUGUUUCCCAUAUUUGCCCUCAGGCAUGUAAACACCAGUAGGCUUUGCUACUGCAACUGACCUGGUUGUUAAUUUGGGCUUUAACUCUGUUUACUUCUAUGAGCACAUUAACAUCUGCAAGAUGAUCUGGUUUGGAACACCAGCUGUGCUUUAGUAGCACAGAGAACAGUUUGAAGAUCUCAACAUUAUCCAGCCUCCUACAGAUCCUCCAACAAGGGUUUAAGUGCAGGGGGAGAGAGAGAGAGGUGCUAACUGGAAGGAGCAGAUCUAAAAUGCAGGUUACAUGAUCUGAUCUUGUAUAUUUAACAGAAUAUAUCCCAGGAUAACAGCAACAAGUAUUGGCUUGAAAUACUCAUAUUUCAAAGAAUGAGAGCACUACUCUGUCUAUACCACACAGAUCCAAGACUUUGGUUUUCUUAAAGAAAUGGUUAACUGAAAAUGAGUUAACGAAGUUCCUUGUUAAUUUUGGCAUUUGAAGGCAGAUUUACUACUGCAACCACUUUACAUAAAAACUCAGCAAUAGGUCAGAGUAAUGCACUUGUGUGAAGUUAUAUAUACCACAAUAAACUUCUUUUUGGGAGCUUUUAGUUGGUUUUUCCCCGAUCUGAGAAAAGAAGUCUGCCAUCACGAUGUCUGUAUCUCAAGAUAUGACUAACAACCUCUGUUUAUUUUUAGAACUGCUUGUGUUGGCUGGCAAACAGCAAGAAAAGCUCUAUCACAAGUUUUUCCCACAAUGGUGUAAUAACAACCAUGCCACUUCUAUUUUGUGAUAUCUGUAAAUAUUUAGCUUUUUAUAAAUUUUGUACUUUGUUUUAUUGUAGUAAUAAAACUGAUAAUUCCUACCAA